AUGUCUUCCAAUACACCAAAGAAACACCGUCCAGCUCAUUUACCAUUACCAUCCUCAAAUUUCAGCGCUGCCCCUGUACAGCGCUUUCAGGAUAGCGCACAGGCUCUUCAAAGGUCUGCAAGCUUGGGUUCAAAGGCUGGAAAACUACACAGUCGUUCCAUCUCUAAUGCCGCUAGUCUCAAGCCAGGUUUUUCGGUCCCAGCAUACCGAGACUAUCCCUUGACAUCUCCUGCAACUGUUACCACUUUUCAACUACCGCCAAUCCCAAGUACCACUCAUGCAGGUGGCAUUCUACCCUCAUCAUCAUUCUUUCGCCCUUCCAGGCCAGUCCAUUCUCGUCCUUCAUCAUCCCUAUCCUUUGUCUCCAAUGACAUCUUGCCUACAUUCAAUUCGGCACCCCCAGAUCAACAUCCUUUGUCUAAUACGUUGACUACCCAUCUCUCUCAUGAAUCUGACUUGAGGAGCUAUGGCGAUCCUGCUUCCUUAAGAGACACAAAUCGUCAACUAUCUAAGCGGCUUAAGCAAAGUCGCGAACCUCUACUCCCUCUCAACAACAAGCACAUCGUUCCAAGUGCUAGCGCUCCCUCCCGCACAUCCAUGCACUUAGAUCCUUCCAACAAGAUCACGAGUGCAAAUCGAAUGCGAAACAGCUUCGAACGCGUGUUCCGCGGUCUCAGCCUUGAUACUUUACGGAAAUCUACUAGUAGCCUCGGACAUACCUUGAGUCCCCGCUUAUCCUAUGCAGACGAACACCCAUCUUUCCCCCAUAAUGGCUCUGUCGAUAAUUUAUCCCCCCCUCCACACCCUCGAAGGAAAUUCUCCCCCUCUCCCCCACUCAUUCACAUCGCUUCUAGGCAACGGAUAUACCAGCGGCAUCCAUCACAGAAUCGUUUCUUCUGUGGCGGCCGGUUACUUACAGGUGGUGAUUCUCCUUGGGCUUUUAUUGCGUCUCUUACACUUGUAUUUGGUCUAUCUGGCGUGUGGUUUGGAACAACAUGUGUAUGGUAUUGGCAUAAUGAAAGCCCCGCUGUUGCGGCGGUAGGAGCGUACAUGUCCUUGUUGACCGCAUCCUGCAUGCUGACUACGGCCUGUCGUGAUCCUGGCAUCUUGCCACGCAAUUUAGAUCCGGAUCCGCCUUUCCCUCCUAGGUCGCCUUCAGACGAUGCUGCGAGGCAACCUAUGCCUCGGGAUCUCAAGGUACGCAAUGAUAGUGUACGGGUCAAAUACUGCUCGACGUGCAAGACUUAUCGCCCACCUCGGUCUAGCCAUUGCAAAAUGUGCGAUAACUGUGUCGACGGGUGUGAUCACCAUUGUCAGUGGGUGAACAACUGCAUUGGACGGCGCAAUUACACCUUCUUCUUUGCGUUCCUGGUAUCUGCUGUGUUAACGCUAUGCCUCGUCAUCUGCACCUCCGCCUUACACCUCUAUCUUCUCACCCGUCGAGACGGCGUCAAUUUCAGCGGUGCAUUGGAGGAUGGCGCAGGUAGUGCUGUGGCAUUCUCAUUGGCCAUCACUGUUAUAUGGCCAGUCACAGCCCUCCUUGUCUACCACAUGAGGCUAUUAUUGCUAAACAUUACCACCAUUGAGCAGAUUAGAAACCAAGCGCAUAAAACCCUUGUGCCAGGUCCCGCGCCUCCCAACCCUUUUUCAUAUGGCUCGUGGCGACACAACCUCAUGGAAGUGUUGUGUCGUCCAGCAGGGUUUUCGUGGCUCGAUGCCCAUGCUCCUAUUACUGAAGACAAGCGACGGAUAAAUCCCGGUCUUGAAGACGCUCGCCCGGGGUGGGAAGAGACAGAUAUUAGAAGAGCCGCGGAAUAA